CCAGAAACCUCACAACAACACCGUCCCGCAACACCUUCCACAUCCCCAAACCCGCUCAUCACAGUCGCCUCAUCUGCGCGAUCCUCACCGCAAAAUCUCCACGUCCCCAGUCCCAUCAAUCCCAUCUCCAAAAAUGGCCCGCGAAACCCGCGCCGCGACCGGCAACUCGCGCCCGCGCAUCUUCGAGGCCCCUCCCUCGCCCGUCGCGCCGCGCAAGCGCGCUGCGCCCAAGCCGAAAGCCAAUACGACUGCGAAGCGCGCGCCUAAGAAGGCUGCUGCCGCGGGGAGCAAACCGGUGGGUGUGAAGAAGUCGGCGGCGGCGCCGAAGGCAGGGGCAGCUGCAGCUGUUAAGGCGAAGGUGGAGAAGGUGAAGAAGGUUGUGGAGAAGAAGGCUGCACCAGCCAAGAAGGAAAAGGCCCCAGCGGCACCCAAGACCGUCGUCGCGAAGAAGUAGACGCGUCUCUACCCGCCUCAUGGACACCGCACCGCCAUCACAUACAAGAAAACGGAAGGCGGACCGAGGUUAUAUAAGGGUUGGAAUGGGUUAUCCCACUUCAUCUUCCGUCUAAAUGACUUGUCUAUAUCUGGCUCUCUCUCUGUCCUUUUUAUAUUUUCCUUUUUGUGCUUUUUCGGAGCCGGGUUAUGGGCCUAUAUCUCGCUUUUCAUGUGCUCCUCUUUCGAUGUUUUCUAUUAAGGUUUGGGCUGAGGGAGCGACUUAUCAGGGUUUUUUAUGGGGAGGAGCGUUCGAGCAAUCGGGUUAUAGU